AUGGCGGCAUCCGUGGAUGGGGCAGAGCUGCAGCAGGCAUUGCUGAGCCGCGCUCCGUAUCAUCUUCUCCCCGCGUCGCUACAACAGCGCAUGACGCCGCACGACUACCAGAUCAAAACGAUCCAUCACGCGAUCCUGCACGGACACGCGUAUUAUCGACUGCCAGAGUUUGUGCGAUCAGCAGUGAAGGAGGAGGCUUACUAUCAAGAGAUGGUGCGAUACGCUGCGGAGCAGCUUCAGCUAUACCCGUACUUGCACCAAAAGAGUGUCGUCCUUUACACGAAAGAAACGCCGCUGUCCUACUACACCGGCAUCUUCGCCGAGCUGCUCAAGCAGGAGCAGAGCUAUCACCGCUUGCCCAACUUCACCGCCAUAGACGCGCUCAACCUCCUCGGCAUCGGGCGAAAUCAAUACUUGCAGCUGACAAAGGAUGUCAGGAGUAAGCUGCGCUGGCACGUCAACCGCGCCUACGUCAACGAAUACCUGCCCACUGCGCUCCUGCCAUCUGCCACGGUCGAUCCCUUCUGGUCCAUCGGCACGAUCGACUAUACCGCAGAUGUGCUCAAGAGGCGCUUUCAGAGGCUCUCGCCGGAGGAUGUAGUGCUUUAUCGGAUGCUAGUGAGCAAGGGCACCGCCUCUGUGCGGCCUGAGGUGCUGGCCGCCUUACAGACACCCCAGUCUGUCUUUGCAAAGGACACCGUCUACACCUACGAGAUGCCCAAGGUGCCGCUGCGGCAGCUGUACCAGAACGGCCUGGUGUUUGCGAGCUUUGAGGUCUUGCCGGAUGCGUACGUUGUAGUGCCUCCGCUGGGUGGAAACUUCGUGAUGAACCGCACGUCUGAUGAUCCCCAGGAGCAGCUGCUCUACCGCGUGCUCUCUACCGUAGACGAUCGCACCUCACUCGGCCUACUGGCGCAGCUCCUGAUGCUGGACGAGGAGGACGUGUGCGGCGCGGCGCAGCUUCUCCUGCGUCUGGGACUUGUGGAGUGGAAGUCCCCCUCGCUGCCACCGGGGCUGGACGUCGCUACGCUCGACGGGGUGCACCCCAGCUGGCAAGAGGAAGUAGCCGCCCGUGUCAUUGCCUUCACUCGCCACCACCUGCAGAGCUCCAUGGGUGGCAUCACCGCGCGCGGUGACGCCGCCGCUGGGUGUGACAGCGGCCCCACUGCUAGUGAUCCGCACCCGUCAAAACGUGUUGCCCUCCUCUACGACGCGACGCUGACGGGCUUCCUUAUGAUGACAAACCUCAGCCACGACCCUACAUUCAAGCGACAGGCGGUGAUGCUGUUUGAGGUGGGGAAGAUGCCGUACGAGAUGGUACCCGCCUUUCUUGCGCUGCUGGAUCGCGUUGACUGGAAAGAGAUGGAGCGGUUUGGCGGGGAAGCAAAAAACUACAUCAACAGCGUGUUGUGCAUGCGGCGCUUGCUUCAUGCACUCUGCGAGGUAGUAGGACCUCAAGGAGCUGUCGGGGUAGACCUGCUCAAGAUUGAAUCGCUUAACGAGCUGGAGGCGACGACGCGAUACUCGGUGCUGGGGCGAAACUACUGGGCAUACGUAAUCACGUCGCCCGUCUCAGCUGCACCCCUCAUCGACGUUGAGCUCAGCUGUGUCUACGGUAGCACAGUCAGCUUUAUGACGUCGCCGUGGAUGCUGCUGUUUCUCUACACGAAGCUGCAGCGUGGGCCUCCGUCGCUGUUGCUCCCGUUCGGUACGCUGCUGCAUCGCUGGCCGCCCUUCCUGGAUGAACUCGAGGAAGCCCCUGAGAGCGAGACAAGUGCGGUGGCGGGGUCGCCUGUCGUGGUGGGGUACAACGUGCUAUUACGCCAGCAGACCAUGACUCUCGAUGCCGAGGUCAGCUACACCGACCUCAGCAGCUCACUGCUGCUGCUCAACGAGGUGACUUCCACGGCGCCGGUCUUUGUGCAGCAGGUAGCGCUUAUUCCCCUUGUCUUGCGCAAGGACGGCAGCGUGGCACCCCAUAGCGGCUAUCAGCAUCUCGAAGUGGCCGUGCCGUUUUCGGUGUCCCAGGCGCAACUGCACCGACUCGUGGAGUCUUCCAUCGCCGCGCACCAUCCCUCUGCGACGACCGUCACUCUUGUCGACCGCGCCGAUACAAUGUGGAGCCUGUUAACCGACAGCGUCGCUGCCUUGCGGAUGCAGAACUCUCUCGGCUACCUCACCUUUACCUUCACCUAUGAGCAACUCGGUGCCCCUGACGGUGCCUCUGCCGCGGAGCUCUACUGUCAGCUGUGCGCCGUGUAUGUGGUCGAUGUCGGUCUCGGUGUCCCGCUUACCCAUGUCGAGGCGUGCGAGCUUCUUGUCGAUGCUAUCCCUCGCUUGCUUAGUGAGGGCUGCAGUGAGCGCCACAACGCCGCAAUGCGGGAAUGUGUGGCUGAGUUUGGCGCGUUCCUCGAGCGCUACUCGACCCUCACCCGCGCUGUGCACGCCAAAAUGACGAUUCAGUCGACAACCACCACCGGCCCCGUGACGCAACAUCACCUGCGGAAGAUCGGUGGCGUCGGCGGCGCUCCUUAUCCGGCGGCCCUACUGUCCUUUGAUGGCACCUCUCUGAGCGUCACGGACGACGCCGAUCCGCUGUCCGAGCAGUGGUGA